GCAAAUACUCAGAACUCCUGGCCUGUAGGUGGUAAUGACUGUAGCAUGCAUCAGCCUGUCACCUCAUCACCAGCACAUAACAAAUAUCAGACUUUUGUUUCAGCAGCCGUUGGAGAAAUAGAAAAAUGGCCUGUAGAACUGGAGAAACUAAAACUUCUUUAUCAAGAAAAAGUCAAUAUCCUUGAUGCUCAAAUACAGUCUCUAAGAAAAGACCUUUCAGAAUCUCAGAAGACAUGCAAAGAUUUGGAAGGAAGGCUAAAACACCACAAGUCACUCGUUUCAGCUGCAAAUUCUAGCCGGGUUGGUGGUCUGUGUCUGAAAUGUGCACAACAUGAGGCAGUUCUUGCACAGACUCAUUCUAAUGUUCACAUGCAGACCAUCGAGAGGGUAACAAAAGAAAGAGAUGACUUGAUGGGUGCACUUGUUUCACUGAGACGAAACAUGAAAGAGAUGCAGCAAAGAGAAUCUAAUGCUUGUGAGCAAGUUAAACAAGCUGUGCAAAUGGCAGAAGAGGCCAAUUUAGAAAAAACAAAGGCUCUAGUCCAGUGUGAGCAGCUGAAAAGCGAGAUGGAACGGCAGAAGAAUCGUCUUGAAAGGGAGUUAGCUUCCCAGCUAAGUAAGAGGGCUGAUGAAAAAGAAGCACUGCGGGAAGAAAUGAAGAAGGAAAGGGAGGACUUGGCAGCAAUGGUGACGGCCAUGUCUGAGAAUGUGGCCAUGUUGGAGGCUCAGGUAGAGAGAAUUACAAGGGAAAAAACCUCUCUAGUUAACCAGUUAGAAGAAUCACAACACCAGCUUGCAUCUCAUGAUAUGGAGAUGAAUAAGGUGUGUGGAGAAAUGCGCUAUCAGUUGAAUCAAACCAAAAUGAAGAAGGAUGAGGCAGAAAAGGAGCUCAGGGAGUACAGAACAAAAACUAUAAGGGAGCUUGAAAUUAAGGACCAGAAAAUAGAAAAACUAGGAUUAGAGCUGAAUGGAAGCAAACAGCGUUUGGAACAAGCCCAGCAGGAUCUGACAGGAGCCAGAGAGGAGUGCCUAAAACUGACAGAACUGCUGAGUAAAUCUGAGCACCAACUGCACCUCACCAG